AUGCAAUGUAUUCAUAGACCAAUAUUACUUAUAGUGGCUCCAGUACUGUUUUGGAAUUCAGUAAAUGCAAGACGAAUUUUUGCAAUAGAUUCAGAAUGUACAAGCUGCUCCUACUAUACGACUCAUAUUUGCAUAUCACCCUUUCUAUACAGCGAGCAUCUGGUUAACAGCAUUGAAAAGCAGAUAUCUUCCAGAUUUGAACCAUGUUUAAAUGGGAGCCAGCGAGAGACUGAGCGUCCUUCGCGGUCAACAGAAAUUAUGGGAAAAAGAGGAACGAUGAUUGUGGCGAUGGUGGAAUGCAGUUCGAGGCAAAACUGGAGCGAACUUGCAGAUAUGGCGAGUGUGAAAUGGGCAGACAAAUUAUCGUGUCAUUUUGAUGCGCUGAUUGUUCUUUUCCAUCAGUCGAAGCUUAUUCCAGUUUUAUCUGUUCGUCGCAAUACUAGUACCUUAUGGCGUCAGCUGCAAUUACGAUCUUACCAGCUCAGAGGGAAAUACGGAAGUGGGGAAGCGGAGCAGCUAGUGGAUGAAUUAUUAAGUGUAAUGGAUGUGAGGGCAAGACAACCAACAGUUUCUACCAUGGGAGAAGGAUCGAAGGACCGUGAACACGUACCUAACUGGGCCUUUGUUGUCAUUAUCGUAUCAGUCUUGCUCUCUGCUGUCGCCUUUUACAUUGGCACCUGCAUCAACAAGAAGACAUCUUGGAGGCCAUUCAAUAAUGGGAAGCCAAAAACAACUGGAAAGCGACGACUGUGGGGUGCCGGAUUUUCUGGUGGUAUAUGGGGUGCAUCUUGA